AUGGAAAUAUUUCCGCCGAGCCAAAUGUCGAACCCCGCGACACCCGCGCACGCGAUGAGCGCCAACCCCCACCAGCAUUCUCCCAACUCCCCGCCCACGAUCCACGAAUAUACCUCCCUCGCUCGCCAUGGCGCCACCUCAAUAUCCCCCGAUCAACCCGUCGCCAUGACGCCCUCUGGCCAACCCGCCCUGAAUCCGCGAAGCUGCGUCACCUGCCGGAAGCGAAAAGUCCGCUGUGACAAGCAGAUGCCCUGCAGCAACUGCCGUCGCGCCGUCAUCCAAUGCAUAUUCCCAGCCCCGGGCCGCGCUCCUCGUCGGCCGAGGCCAAAGGAUCCGAACGCGCCGCCCAAGAACUCGAGUGAACGCGAGGUCGAGUUGAUGAAGCGCUUACGCAAACUCGAGGGUAUCGUCGAGGAGCUGAGCGGACAGAUCGAAGUCGAGAGCGGCCCGGGGAGCAAUGGCGGCCGGCAUAACACGAGCACGGGAAACUCGCCAGAGACUUUUACGAAUGAGGUCGGCAGCGACAGGAUAGCCAGCACGCAGAGCAAUAGCACUCCCACCUCUGCGCCUAGGGAGGCAGCCUCGCCGAACAGGAUGAACACGAACUCGGACCCGAAGCGGCCACAAGACAAGCAGACGGGGCUCAACAGGGAGUUCGGCAGGCUGGUCCUGCACGACAAGGGGAAGUCGAGCAGAUACGUGAGCAGCGCAUUCUGGUCCAAGCUCAACGACGAACUCGACGAGCUGCGGGAAGAGACGCGCGUUCUCGGCGCCGAUACGGACGACUCCGAUAUCGAAGACACACCCGACCAUUCCCCCCAACAGAGCGUGGAUGCUGCGACGGAUCAUCACGCCUUCAUUCUGGGCUACCGGUCUUCCGACGUCGACCUGCGCAAGCUGCACCCCCUGCCGUCGCAAAUACCCUUCAUGUGGCAGGUCUACCAGGAGAACGUGGAACCGUUGCUCAAGAUACUGCAUAUCCCUACCAUGGAGAAGCUCAUCCGCAACAUGCGACGGAGCAUCGAUGAGCUGACUCCGGGGAACGAGGCUCUUUUGUUUUCCAUCUACUAUGCGGCCAUUACGUCAAUGGAAGGCGAGGAGGUUGAGAAGAAUUUUGGUUCAAAGAAGGAGACAAUGCUAUCACAGUUCCGCUUCGCCCUCGAGCAAGCUCUCGCCAAGGCCAACUUUUUAAACACAUCGGAUAUGGUUGUGUUGCAAGCAUUUGUUCUCUUCCUUACGCUAGUCCGGCGGGAAGACGACACUCGAUUUUGCUGGACGCUGACGGGCCUGGCUAUUCGCAUCGCGCAAGGGCUCGGAAUCCACCGGGACGGGACAAACUUUGACCUUCCCCCUUUUGAAACCGAAAUGCGGCGCCGACUGUGGUGGGCCAUUUGCGCGCUGGAUCUGCGAUCGGCCGAAGAAUUGGGCAGCGACCUCACCAUCAUCGACCGCUCCUUCGACACGGAGCUUCCCUCCAACGUCAACGACUCUGACAUCGAGCCGGACAUGACCGAGGUGCCAAGAUCACGACGAGGCAAGACGGAUUGCGCCGUGUCGCUGGUGCGUUAUGAAAUUUGUGCGCUGUCGAGACGACUGCACACAGCUGGCUCGGCCAUGGCCGGCGUGUGCCCGCGAGAUGCCUCGCCAAGCCUAGAGGAGCACGAGCGGAUGCUGAUUGAAGUGUACGACCGCGUCGAGGACAAGUUCCUGCAGCACUGUGUCACGCAGGAAGAUCCUCUCUUCUGGAUGGCCGGCAUGAUUGCCCGCGUCAUCAUGGCCAAGAUGAGCCUCGUCAUUUACCAGCCGAUGCUGUUCCCCGGCAACGGCCAUGAGCUCUCAAACGGAAUCCGCGACCGGCUCUUCCUAUCUGCCAUCGAGAUCGUCGAGUACAAUUACAUCCUCAACACGGACCCCCGCUGCAAGCAGUGGAGGUGGCUCUUCCAGACAUACCGGCAGUGGCACGCCAUCGCCUAUAUCCUCAUGGAGGCCGGACGACGCCCGUGGUCGGCGACGUCGGAGCGGGGCUGGGAGGCCGUCAACAACACGAUGCGAUUCGACAGGGAUCCAGCGGAGAUAUCUCGCAUGGCGGAUCACAUGGCGGUCUGGGUCCCCUUGCGGAAGCUCAGCGCCAAGGCGACGAAGCACCGCGAGGCCGAGAUUUUGCGCUUACGUUCGGACCCCGAGGCCGCCCCUCAGCUCGACGUGGACGACCGCAUGAACCCCAUACCGGCGAGGCUUGGUCCCGUCCCGGGAAUGGAGGUGCAGCAUGCGCAGAUCCGCGCUCGCUGGCGGACCCUGGUGCGUACGGAGAGUUCCAGCCCGGUGCAGCCGGCUGCCGGCCGUCCGAAGCAGAUGCAACCGGCACAGAACGCGCCGUCCGGGGCACCGGCGUCUCAGCCGAAUCAGCGGGCGCGGAUCCCGGCUUCGGUGCGCCCGCCGAGGGAGCCCGAGUUCAUCGACACGGUCAUGAUGGCGCGUGGCUUCAACCCCAACCACAUCUGGGAAUACCUGUAUCCGGCGGCGGAAACUAUGGCGGCGGACCCGAACAACACGCUGUUCCCGCCCGCCGCCUCGCAGUCCAUGAUGUCCUCGGACGUGCAAUGCUCCACGGGGUCGGGGCAAAACAUGGAAGCGGAGCAAAGGCAGAGGCAGCAAGCUAUCACCGCGACGUCGCAACCGAGAGCCUCGUCGUCUGUGGCCGAGAACCAGCCGCCAUGGCUGUGGUCGGACCCCUUCACGUCGAUCAACGACUUGCCGGGCGACUCGAUGGACGUCAACAUGGACAGCCUGGAGGACUUUAACUGGCAAAACUGGCAGGAGAGCAUCAAGGGACUCGAGAUGGAUCCCGAUAACAUGCCUCUGAAGGGAGCAUGGUAG